UACUAUACACUUCAUUCUAGCUAGAGGCAACUCGUCCGCCGUGUCGAUAUACAUCUCGAUCAUCUCUUGUACCCUCACAUGAUGCUCGUCGCCUAGCUAGCUAUAUAAUUAAUACUAGUACUAAUCAUCAUAAUAGGGCUCCUGCUGCGCUGUGCUCUUCGGCCGGCUAUAAAUAGCUAGCACCCCCAGCAAGCUGCUGCGAUCCGCUCACAAGUUGCAGUUCCAGGCAGCAGAUCAGCAGAGACACACCCACACCGUACCACACACACUAGCGACCUGCAGUCUGAUCUGCAGGUACGCUAGAAACCAAGCUACGACUGCUGUGUGCUGCGUACGUACGUAGGAGUACGUGGUGGUAGCGAGAUGGCGAAGAAAGUGGCCUUGGUGGCCUCGCUGCUGGCCCUGAACCUCCUCUUGUUCGGUUUCGCCGACGCAUGUGGCUGCAGGUGCGGCGGCUCCUGCCCUAGUCCACCAGGCGGUGGUGGCGGGGGAGGUGGAGGCGGGGGAGGCGGAGGAUCUGGUGGUGGUGGGAGCGGAGGCGGCGGAGGGAGCGGUGGGGGCGGCAGUGGUGGAGGAGGGAGCGGCGGAGGAGGCGGCGGCGGCGGCGGCGGCGGCGGCGGGACGCGCGGUCGUUGCCCUGUGGACACGCUGAAGUUGGGCGUGUGCGCCAACGUGCUGAACGGGCUGAUCAACGUGAACCUGGGGACACCGCCGAGGACGCCGUGCUGCACGCUGAUCCAGGGGCUGGCGGACCUUGAGGCGGCGGUGUGUCUCUGCACCGCGCUGCGAGCCAACAUCCUGGGCAUCAACCUCAACCUCCCCAUCAACCUCAGCCUCCUCGUCAACUACUGCGGCAGGCGCGUCCCCUCGGGAUUCCAGUGCUCCUCCUGAUCUAUCUCAUCUCAUCGUCGCCAUGCAUGCAUGCAUGCAUGCCUGCCUCUCGUCGUCUCUCCAUCGUCGUCGUUUCCCGAUCCAUGGAUAUAUAUGCACACGCCCGCCUGCACCAGGCCGGCCGGGCUAAAUAAUAAUUAUAUGAUUUCUCAGGUCUCAGCAACAAGUACAAGCUAAGCUACUAGUACACAUCGCUCUUCGUUCAUCGCUUUCAUUUUGUUUUGCUUUGCUUUGUUUUGGGUGUGUUUCUUCACGAAUCUGCUAUCAUCGUCAUGCGCAUGCAUGCAUGCAUGCAGCAUAUAUAUGUUCAUCGCGCGCGUCUUCCUGUGUUUGUGUUGGAUCGAUCAUCGAUGGAUGUAUGAUCGAUCGUGUCAAAGAGGCCUAGCUGGCAGGACCCGACACGACGAUGGUCUCCAUCUAUGAAUAUAAAUACCAUUAUUAAAGUGUGCUAAUCAUCUGUGUAAUCUCAUGCAUGGAUGAUCGAAUGAAUUGAAUGUUAGUAGUA